UAUUUUCCGAAAAUUUACUGUAAAAUAUAAUCCAGAAUCAAGUACACACUCCAGUAUUUCUAUAUGGCAGUAUUACUGCUGCAGUAUCUUUGAUAAGCUGAGUUACUGUUCUUUGAUCAAAAUUAAUUUAACAUUAAACCGAUUAUCCAAUUUUGCUCUCAGUAGCAUUCCAACAUGGCUUUACCCCGUGUAAUUAAUGGGAUGCUGCGAACCAAAGCUAUUUAUUCAGUGUCUAGCAGAAGUGUGGUAUCACACGAACCCUGGAAGCCCGGUCCAUAUCCAAAAACUGAAGCAGAACGACUAGCUGCUGCUAAGAAGUACGGCCUAUUACCAGAGGAGUAUGCACCACACCCUGAUGAUGGUCUAGGUUUUGGUGACUACCCAAAGUUACCAGACAUUGGCCAAGAUUCCAAAAGUGAAUAUUAUCCAUGGGACUGCCCUGAACAUAAUAGAAACUUUGGUGAGAUAUUGCACGUUCAUGCUGACAUGUGGGGUUCAGACAAAGGUGACCCAAAUUAUAGAGAAAAAGCUAGAUAUCCUGACUGGCAGAGAGUAUUGUCAUUGUUCGCAGCAGUUUUUGGAAUAAGUGGAUUGAUGAUUUCUGGGGAUUAUUGGUGUAAACGAUACAGACCGUAUAUGCCUAAACAAUGGCCUCAAGAAGAUGUGAAACAUUUUACUUAUUCAGAUAAAUAUUUCUGAAAAGUUAUUACAGCAAAGUUAUAUCUGUGUAGUAGCUGAAACUCUUUAAAUAUAUUUUUAAGAUUGUUGUACAAUUUAAAGUUGAAUAAAACAUGUAUGAAAUAAAUUUUGUGUGUAAUAAUAAAAUACAACUACUUAUUCAAUUGGUAGAAUUUAAUAACUAUACAUUGAAAGAAAAAUUAUAAUUUAUUAAUUGUUUCUACUUGUAUGAAGAAUGUAGGUGAUGUGAUUGUAAUUUCUAAUAAUAAACUAAAAAAAUGUUCAGAUUUCUA